CCCCAUGAGGCAAUGGAAGAUUGUCGUAUUAGCCGCUACGACAUUCCAAAGGGCACUCGUUUGUUUGUGAAUGUAUGGAAGUUGCAACGAGACCCACGAAUUUGGUCGAAUCCUGAGGAGUUUGAGCCCGAAAGAUUUCUCACAAGCCAUCAAAACGUGGAUAUUCUGGGCCAACAUUUUGAGCUGAUUCCUUUUGGUUCUGGUAGACGAUCUUGCCCAGGGAUGAGUUGGGCAUUGCAAGUGAUACGCUUGACAAUUGCUCGCUUGCUUCAAGGAUUUGAUUUAGCAACACCCUUAAAUGCUCCAGUGGAUAUGACUGAAGAGCCAGGAGGCAACAUGCCCAAGGCAACUCCUCUUCAACUUGUCCUCACUCCUCGCCUUCCCGAUCAUCUUUAUCAACUCUAGGUGUAACGUAAUAUCAUCCAAUAGUUAAUAUCAAGCCUCUUAGAUAUGCACCGGUAAUAUUAUGAUGCGAGUAAUGUAACAUAUGAAUAACGCAGGCCAGUGUUGUCCCUUUCCUUUCUUUGUUCUGAGGCUAGCCGGAUUGUCAGAAUAAUAUAUGCCGGCUUUUCUUUUUUUUUGGUACAUAAUAUGCAGGCCACUUUGUAAUCAUGUAUUAUGUGUAUACCUUGGACUGCGCUCUGAAUGCGAGAGAGUUAUAGUAAUGACAUUUGUCCAUGGGAAGGGUAACUAAGCGCCUGACUUCUAGCUUCAGCAACAGCUCACUACUCUACCAGCCAUAUAACUGAGCCCAAUGUUUUACAACAGAA